AUGAACGGUCCAGUAGUCGGAACGGGUUGAAUGUUUGUAAGAAACAGUUUUGAAUUUUAAUUCAAUGAAAUUAAUUUUCGAAGUGUUCAAAUAUUUGUGAACGUUUCUACGUUUAAUUGUCGGACAUUUAUUUAUAAGUUUUUCAUAAUGUCUUCUGGUCCAUACAGCUACCAGACAGGAACUUCAAAAACAUUCCAUUGGGCGGAUUACGCUGUUUUUGGUACAACAUUAGCUAUCUCUGCUUCAAUCGGACUUUUUUAUGCAAUCAAAGACAGAAAUAAAAACACCACAGAGGAGUAUUUACUUGCAGGACGGUCAAUGCAUCCACUGCCAGUUGCGAUGUCAUUGCUGUCUAGUUUUAUUUCUGCUAUUACAAUUCUUGGAACGCCAGCGGAAGUGUAUGUGUACAGCACAAUGUACUGGUGGAUCUCGGUGGCAUUUAUUAUCACCGCUAUAGGAGCGGCUCAUAUUUUUAUCCCGGUCUUCUAUAACCUCGGUAUCACCAGCGUGUUUGAGUAUGCCGAGAUGCGGUUUGGACGGGCUACACGUAUUAUAGCAUGCAUCAUUUAUCUACUAUUGAUGAUGUUCUACAUGGCUAUAGUGUUGUAUGCCCCUUCACUGGCCCUAAAUGCAGUGACCGGUCUGUCACUGUGGGGAUCCGUCCUGGCUGUUAGUCUUGUAUGCAUCUUUUACACUGCGUUGGGUGGUAUGAAGGCGGUAUUGUGGGCAGAUACAGUACAAAUGACCAUUGUGUUUGCCGGUAUGCUCACCAUUCUUAUAGAGGGAUGUAAAGUCCUCGGUGGUCUUGAUAAAGCCUGGGACAUCGCUAACAAAAAUGGAAGAAUCGUCAUAUUUGAAUUUAAUACAGAUCCUCGAAUUAGACAUUCAGUGUGGAACGUGGUUAUUGGAGGGGGAAUUUUAUGGUGUUCAGUUUUCGGAACAAAUCAAGCGCAAGUUCAAAGAGCAAUUUCAGUCAGGAAUGUCACCAGAUCUAGAGUAGCAAUCUGGCUGAAUCUUCCUGGAAUGGCGUCAAUUAUAACUCUGAGUUGUUUGGUCGGAGUUGUGAUGUUUGCUUUUUAUGAAAAGUGUGAUCCAGUCUCGUAUGGAAUCAUUUCAAAAGCUGACCAGUUGGUUCCACUGUGGACGAUGGACUUACUAGGUGAAAUGCACGGGCUUCCUGGCUUACUAUUAUCAACUGUAUUCAGCGGAAGUUUAAGUACUAUAUCAUCUGGUCUAAAUGCUGUUUUGCAGCGGAUAUUGGGGAUUUUUAAGACCAAAUGCUGUAGGCUUUAUGUUUUACCAGUAAUAUUCUUCGGCGGUCUCUCCCUGGCAUUUGCUUUCAUCGUCUCUCAAGUUGGAACCAUGAUAUUGCAGUUAGUAUACAUGUUAGUUGGGGUGCUGGGAGGCCCUUUGCUAGGAAUGUUCACACUGGGUAUGUUAUUUCCAUGGGCAAACAAAUGGGGCGGUUGUAUAGGAAUCUCAACAAGUGUUUGUUUGUUAAUGUGGAUUGGUCUCGGAACGUCUAUCACAUCGACAAGUGUCACAGUAAAACCACCUGUGUACACGUCUGCCUGUAACUGGACAGCGUUAAACAAAACAGCCCCAGAAAUAAUAGACACAUCGGUCACUCUAGCACCGAACGAUGUCAAUGAUAACUACGAAGGACUACAACGACUGUACACGGUGUCUUAUAUAUGGUACUCGGGUAUUGGUGUGGUAACAGUAGUAGUGGUGGGAAUGAUUGUCAGUGUUAUAACUGGUGUUACUGAUACCUCAAAGUUAAAUCCAAAACUGAUAUGCCCUGUGUUUGACAUAUUCUUCCCGUAUUUACCAGAAAGUUGGAGAAAACCACUCCGGUUCGGAGUUAGGCAUGGGGAGGACAAAGAAGAUGAGUCUGAUACUGUAGAGAAGAGGAAAGAAAGAAUUGCCAGCCUACAUUUAAAUGAAGAAAUUCGUCCAAGUUACAUUUUUAACGGGAAAUCUAAGCAAAUCAAUGGACAUGACAAUAUUGCCUAUGUUGACCCUCCAUAUGAUACAAAACUUUAAAUCACCGUUAUACAAUCACAUCAUUAUAUAUCAAAUUGUAUCAGUGAGAGAUUUGUGCAACUUAUUUUUGUAAUCUAAAUCAAUGUUUUUUUCUAGAAUGAUGGAUUCAGACAUUUGAGAUUUUAGCAUCUAUCAUAGAAACGUAUACUAAUCAUUUUAAAAAUAUUAUUAUAAUUAAAACAGUUUACUUUACUUCUCUAGCUUCGUUCCCUAGCUUAUAUAUUAUUGUCUUUGUUAGUAUUAAUUAACUUAAAAAGUAGUUAUGCUUUCUUACAAAAUUCACGAGUAUUUCAUUGCCUCCACUGUUAUGAGAUUUAUAAAUAUAAUAUUUAUUUUGGGAAGUUUUUGGACAAAUUCUUUUCUACUUUUCCCUUUUACUUGUAAUUUAGAUAGCCUUAUUUUCACACCAAAUUUUGAAACUGAAUGUUCCCAUUUUGUUUCUUUUUCAAAAUUCAUUUUAUAUCAUCGUAUUUUUAAUCUAUGCUUCAGUUCAUAUCUUUACCCCACGUCUUUAAAUGAAUAUAAUUUUGAAUUCAUAUAGGUACUUUUAUUGGAUCGAUUGACUCCUUUUUUAUUUUUAUUCUUGUUUAAUCAGUAAUAUAUUACUUUUGAAUCUAUACUUUUAGAAUUUAAUGUUUUACACAUUUUU